CAGACACCACCUAAUGACCCAAAGCGGUUCAAAACGCUCUCUUAACCUCAACCUUCUUGAGAAGAACCUAUUCACAUCAGGUUUUGGCCCCACAGCAAUGAUGUUUGCCUGUGUAUUAAUUUCGAAACUCAGGUGAAUUAACUGAAUUCGAGUCCUACAGGCUUCUACAUGAUCAUCAACGCCAACGGGGUUAAAGUUCUUAUCGCUUAUUAAGAAGAUUACUGCAAUUGACAACAUUUUUUUAUCAUUUCGACGGGAAUUGCUUGGAUAUCGGGCAUGUCAGACUAUUAGGCCUUUUUGACCACGGAACUUUGUAACUUGUAAGUGCACAGUUUAUGGAAAUGUAUGCGAGUCUUUUGCAAUCAGGCGAUUGAUUGAAGUAUUUGGAUGCUAAAGAGACAAUAUUGACAGGUUAAAAGCUUUGUGUUUAGAUUUCUGACAAGGUUACUGGCUUCGAAUUAAUCAGAACGACAUAUACUGAGAACUAUUCGAUAUCACUCUUCUUUAAUUGGAAGGAGUUUUUGCCAAGUGUUAUAUAUGAAGACCCAAAACUUCUCUUCCUGUGUGGGAAAUUCGAAGAUAUCAAAAGAAAAGCUUUUAGCAUGGCUUAUCGCAUUCUUCGCGUUAUCCGUGAAAUUAUCUGACAGUCAAAUCAUUAUGAAAACUACCAUGUUUGAAAUAGCAAGAAAUGCCGAAGAUCAGAAACGGUACGUAUUGAAAGAUUGUCGCAAGAUGGCCGCUGGUGACAUUGACUGUAAAUGUAGAUAUCUUGGACACGAAUGCCAACAGGCUGAUACGACACGUUGUGAAAACUGUUUCUGUUUUAAUGGUACAGAAAGAAUAUUUUAUAUCAAGAAAAGAUAUGGUGCAUUGUGCUUAAGUGUCAACAAUCUCUUUAAUGCUGCUGGGUUUAGCAAAAAAUUCCUGAUUUACAAUCCUACGCCCUCAAAAUGUGCACUACUGGCAAGUAAUAACGGUAUUCGACCUAUGGACUGUGACUCUAACAAUCUUCGUCAAGUGUGGCUUUGGACCCCAGGAAACUUGCUAAUGAAUGCUCAAACAUCAACAUGCCUGGGAACUAGAAAACGAAGCGGUAAUUACCUUCCCAUGACUACAACACAGUGCAAUUCAUUGAAACUAGAACAAGAAUGGCUCUGUGAAGCGAGACAGUCGGUUCAUCUGUUGGGAUUAUCGUUUUCAAAUUAUCCGAAUAUAACUCACGCGGUUAGAUAUCUAAGAAGCAUGCCGAAUCUUCUCGCGAAAAGUAUAAUGGAAAUAGCGAUCAGGGGAAAUUCCUGGACUAUAUUUCCCACUAACAAUCAAAGCGUGUGCUCCGCCAGGAACAAGGAAGGAUUUUUAUAUUUGGAUGAGGAAAACAAUGAAAUAUCCGAGAUUGAUCUGGUAGCUGAAUGUCCCAACAUUUGUUCCAAGAAAUUAUCAUCAACAACCCCUACCAGUAAUUUAUCAAACUGCACAAUUUUAUGGGAAGAGGGUUUUUCUCAAGAUAUUGAACCAUUCAUGGUUGAGAAUCAAGAAGAUGGAUUAUACUUCAAGUGGAAGUCGAAUCCUUAUUCAAGAUUAAAAGGAAUGACAUUGAAAUUGACUAUUGAAUGUUUAAUGAACAACAGCAAUUUUAAAGAAUAUCUUUUCCGUUUGCGAGUGAAAGACGUCAAUUUUUUAGAAGAACGAGAAAAUCAUCGUCGCAACAACAUCGGGAUCGUUGAUUUGGGCAGAAAUUGUACGAGAAAUACGUGUUUGAAAAACAUACCAGUUCCACUAACAUUGAACAAGACAAGUGCAGCCUGCUACAUUGAAUGGGAUGAAUCAAAGGCAAAAAAAACGGACGAAAAUACAACAAUUGUUACCGAAAAUCUCAAAGAUUUGCUGUCUAUUAAAAAAGUUGCAAGAAAUCAUUUUCUUAAGUGGAACCUGACCGCAGCCCCAUUGCUGGCAAAUAUCAAAUUCAACCUGACUAUUCUAUGUUAUAACGACGAGAACAAAAACGCCACCACAGUUGAAAAAAUAUUUUUGGUUCUCCAGACAAGAUACCGAUCAACAAUUACUACAAAAUCAUCUCACGAGUAUCGCCUGUACCUGGCUAUCACUUUACCUAUAAUAAUCCUGCUUGUGAUCGCGCUAGCGGUUGUACUGGUGUAUUGUGCCCUGCAUCGUCGAAGAAAAAGAAAAUUAAAAGAAUCAUUAAGUACCCAACAUCUUCACAGCAGAAUUGAACACCAAAACUCAAGCGUCAGUUUUCAAUUAAACAAUAUCGGUAUUGAAAACAAGAGCGAAGAUAACCCGGUUUACGAACAGUGUACGUCAGUAGCAUAUCCAGCAGUGACAAUUGCUCGGAACGAGUUAUACGAAUGCACAAAAAGUCAAAAAGCAAGAGUGGAAUCUGAUAUUUACGAACAGCCUUUAGAAAACGUGAAAGUUCGCCAGAACAAGCUUUAUGUUAGUGUUGACCCAUCAAAAAAUUCAGGAAGCCCUAAAUUACAUCCAGCAUCAGGAGCUAGCCCAAAAUCUAAUCCAUACAUUGCCCCUAAGCCAGAACUUAAGCCUAAACCUGUAAAUAAAGUGGCCACACCCAAACAAUACAAAGUUCCCAGAGUGAUCCAACCCUCUGAAGAGGAGCAAGCCGAUAUCUACGACCAACCGUCGGAUUAUAUACCAAGCUCGACAGGAAACAACGAAGGCGAAAUGGGCAAAAUUGAAAUACCCUUACAAGAUGUCGGGGGUGAGAGAAUCCAUUCAAUAUACGACAAACCUUUACCGAAUUCUCCUCCGAGUUCAGGCAUUUACGAUUAUGCUUCGAGAGAUGAACUGACAUUUGAAGCUACUCGUUAUCAGGCUGAGAAACCUUUUAGGUCCAAAAAAGAGAGGGAAACAAGUGGAAGUGUAAAUUCCAAUGGUUCAUUGCACGACGCUCCGCAUUAUGAUGUGUUGGAAAGGAUGUAGAAGAAUAGCCGUAAAAAAGGUUAAAAUACAACGAUUUGUUGGGGCACUCCAGAUGUAAAUAUAGCAAAUGUCACCAUAGAAAUAUUAUCAACAAUCUUCAAUGUUCGUCAUAUUCUUGAAAUAUCUAAUAAUCAUUCUUGGAAACCAGAAAGAAGGAUAUGAGUCUUUGUAUAGAAUUAGUGUUAGCCUAUGCCUCGUCCAAGAUAUAAAACAAUUUACAAAUUUACAUGUGGCUGGGUUGAUCAAAAUCGCUGUAUAUUGUAUGCUGUAUGUGGGAACCAAAUUUCUCGUAAAUGUACCAUCUCAACAGUGUCCUGACAAAUCAUAUAACGCCUGUUUCAGACGUCGAACUUUUCAUGUGCCGAACCUAAUGUUAAUGAGCUAAAGUCAAUGUUUAAGUUCAUUUGCAUUCGAUUCAGCACAUGAAAAGUUCGACGUCUGAAACGGCCGGCCUAAGUUUAAAUAGAGCCUUGUAGCGAUCUCACACGGCUUUUCUCGUAAUGCAAAAAUAAUUCUACAUAUGAUUUCAUUGGGAAGACUUACAUGCAUGUACGCUAUAGUUGCCGCUGCAUAUGCGUUUAAAUAACAUCGUCUUUAAAGUAGACAGAAGACAGUUGUACAUGCAUGCAUUGCAUGCGUAAAUUGGAAAGUUUGUAUUAAUUGAACGCAAUUAUAGUAUAUCUCAAACGUGCAAUAAUUAUCUUCUAUAAUCAGUUGCUGGGCACCAGCCUUAAGAGGCAUAGACUGUUUUGCAUAUAAGAUCGUUAGAGUACAGUCGUUUUAUACUAGAAGCAAUUUUGAACGUCGUUGUAUAAUGUCCACUUAUAUCAU